GGCGCGGUGUCCUUCCGCGCUCGCCGCGCAGUCCCCGCCUCCGCGCGGCCCCGCCGGGCUGCCAUUCGGCCCCGGAGUCGCUCCGCGCUCCCAGAAUGCACCGGCAGUCCGCGGGAAACCAAAAUGGCGAAGGGCUGCAGCGGAGCGGGCUGUGUUUGAGGCCGGUGUGAGCACGCUCGCUCUCGCCCCCGUCGCUCGUCCUCAGGACCUCGGUUUGUGCGUGUGCAGCGGUUGGCACCACUGAAGUGACCGAAUGAGAGACUCUACAGGGGCAGGUAAUUCACUGGUCCACAAGCGGUCUCCUUUACGUCGAAACCAAAAGACCCCAACAUCCUUGACCAAGCUGUCUUUACAGGAUGGAUAUAAAGUCAAAAAGCCAGCAUGUAAAUUUGAAGAGGGUCAGGAUGUCCUAGCUAGAUGGUCAGAUGGCUUGUUUUAUCUUGGAACUAUCAAAAAGAUAAACAUAUUGAAACAGAGCUGCUUCAUCAUCUUUGAAGACAGUUCUAAAUCCUGGGUUCUCUGGAAGGACAUCCAAACAGGAGCCACUGGAAGUGGGGAAAUGGUCUGUACAAUAUGUCAGGAAGAGUAUUCAGAAGCUCCCAAUGAAAUGGUUAUAUGUGAUAAGUGUGGCCAAGGAUAUCAUCAGUUGUGUCACACACCUCACAUUGAUUCCAGUGUGAUUGAUUCAGAUGAAAAAUGGCUCUGUCGACAGUGUGUUUUUGCAACAACAACAAAGAGGGGUGGUGCGCUUAAGAAAGGACCAAAUGCCAAAGCAUUGCAAGUCAUGAAGCAGACCUUACCCUAUAGUGUGGCAGACCUUGAAUGGGAUGCAGGUCAUAAAACCAAUGUCCAGCAAUGUUAUUGCUAUUGUGGAGGCCCUGGAGACUGGUAUUUAAAGAUGCUACAGUGCUGCAAAUGUAAGCAGUGGUUUCACGAGGCUUGUGUGCAAUGCCUUCAAAAGCCAAUGUUAUUUGGAGACAGGUUUUAUACAUUUAUUUGCUCUGUCUGCAGUUCUGGACCUGAAUACCUCAAACGUCUACCAUUACAGUGGGUAGAUAUAGCACACUUAUGCCUUUACAACCUAAGUGUUAUUCACAAGAAGAAAUACUUUGAUUCUGAACUUGAGCUUAUGACAUACAUUAAUGAAAACUGGGAUAGAUUGCACCCUGGAGAGCUGGCAGACACACCAAAAUCUGAAAGAUAUGAGCAUGUUCUGGAGGCAUUAAAUGAUUACAAGACCAUGUUUAUGUCUGGGAAAGAAAUAAAGAAGAAGAAGCAUUUGUUUGGGUUGCGAAUUCGUGUUCCUCCUGUGCCACCAAAUGUGGCUUUCAAAGCAGAGAAAGAACCUGAAGGAACAUCCCAUGAAUUUAAAAUUAAAGGCAGAAAGGCAUCCAAACCUAUGUCUGAUUCAAGGGAAGUAAGCAAUGGCAUAGAAAAAAAAGGAAAGAAAAAAUCUGUAGGUCGUCCACCUGGUCCAUAUACAAGAAAAAUGAUUCAGAAAACUGCUGAGCCAUCUUUGGAUAAGGAAUCAAUUUCAGAAAAUCCUACCUUGGAUUUACCUUGUUCUAUAGGGAGAACUGAGGGACCUGCACAUUCAUCUAAUACCUCAGAUGUGGAUUUCACGGGUGCUUCCAGUGCAAAAGAAACUACCUCGUCUAGCAUUGCCAGGCAUUAUGGUUUAUCUGACUCCAGAAAAAGAACUCGUACGGGAAGAUCUUGGCCUGCUGCGAUCCCUCAUUUACGGAGGAGAAGGGGUCGUCUUCCAAGAAGAGCACUCCAGACUCAGAACUCAGAAAUUGUAAAAGACGAUGAAGGCAAAGAGGAUUACCAAUUUGAUGAACUCAACACAGAGAUUUUGAAUAACUUAGCAGAUCAGGAGUUACAACUCACUCAUCUAAAAAACUCCAUUACCAGUUAUUUUGGUGCUGCAGGUAGAAUAGCAUGUGGUGAAAAAUACCGGGUGUUGGCUCGUCGGGUGACACUUGAUGGAAAGGUGCAGUAUCUUGUGGAAUGGGAAGGAGCAACUGCAUCCUGACUGUAGGACUGAACAUUAUGUUCACUGCACUCUCAUUUUCUGUAGGUACAGUUCUAAGCCCUAAAGGAGUCUGGCUUUUACUAUCUUUCUUAAAAAAAUAAAAAAUGUCAAAAAAUUUCACAAAAGAAGAUGAUACUAGCCUUAAUGUGUACCUGUCAAUGUUAUGGAUAUUGUCAUAAAAAGAUAUCUUUUAAAAAUCAAACAGAGACUUAAUUUUUUAAAUCUUAAGAUUUGUAGAAUGUUUCUAGGAUAGGAUAUUAAAAAUGAUUCAAACCCAUGCAUGGUGUUAGAUAAUUUUUCUAAUUAUUCCAUUGAGUCAGUUUUUGUGAUGAGUGGUUAUCAGAGCAAACAGAUCCUGUAGUUAGAUAGCACAAGUAUUUGAAAAAAUUGUCUGUUUUGUUACCAAAAUGUUGGAAAAAAUUUAUUUCAAUAUCUUUUAGAUUUCAUAAAGUGCAGUGUAUAUAAUGCCUACUAAAAGACUGUAAAAUAUUGAAAUUUUCUUUCAAGCAAAGUGUAAAAAUAUAUAUUGAGCCUGUAAAUUGCUCUGUGACUAGACUUCAUUGUCGUCUUAAUAUAUUCUUUGCAUGUGCAUAUAUAUAUAUACACACAGGUGUGUAUGUAUAUGUGUGUGAUUAUGUGACCUAUGCAAUACAAAUUAUGGGAAUGGGCAGCUUUGGAGUAUACAUCCCAUAAUUCUUUUUUCAGGAAUAGUUGCAGUAUUUACACAGCAGCAUUUCUUCUCAGGCUUUUAUUGGGUGCUGUUGCUUACUAUGUAUGAAGAGAAACGUGUCAAACAAGUUUAGUGUGCUCUGAAGAAGGGUGUGGACAACAUUGUUCAUGGGCUUUUAGAAUGCUUUUCUCUUUCAGUCCUUGUAACUCAGCUGUUCAGUACCUAAAACAAAUUCAAAUAAUAUGAACAUUAUCUCCUACUAGAAAUAACGUUUUCAAGUUUUCACGGCACAUUAUGAUUGUAAAUGUCUCUCAGUUUUAACAGUAAGUCUAUAGGAGUCCUGUGAAGAUUCCUGAAAUGUCUGUAGUAACUGUUAGUCAUGUUGAAUAAGUGUAGUAUGAACAAAGUAUUUUAUUGCACAGGGUUAACAAACAGUAUGUUGCCUGCCACGGCUAGUGCUGUUUUUUUACAACAUUACCUCUUGUUUUUAUAAAAUGUAUCAAGAUUUAAAUUGAUAAUUUUAUUUUACAUGUAAAAAGAAACAAUUUUUUUUAUCACCA